AUGUCGGGUGAGAGCGGAGAGACCGGACGAGUCGGAGCUUCGAGCUGCUUGGAAGCCUUGGCUUCCUGCCUUCAGGGCCUCGGCUUCAACCGCCUCGGCCUCGCGAAAGCCACCGCCGCCACCGCCACCGUCACUCUCCGAGAGAAGCAAAGCCUCCCGGGAGAGCUCCAGGAUGCCAAGGCGGGAGCGGUGGCACAUGCUGCCGAUCCUGUGGUGGAUGCUCCUGCACUUGCAGCAGCCCCGGCCCGCCGGCGACAGGUGGCCAAGCAGGUGCGUGAGCCUGUGCGGCAAGCGGAAGUGUCCGUUCCUUUUGUGCCGCGGGAG